UUUUGUUCUUUUUGGAAUUCAAUUCAAUUCUCUCUCUUUUUUCUAUUUGCAAUUGCAAACUAUUUUUUACAUUAAUUUUAUUGUUUACUCUAUGCCUGCGCCUGGCGAAGGAAGGAUAAGCUGCCAGGUCAUUGCAGGACGGCUAUACCAGACACACAGUUCGGCGUACCCUCUAAAGAUAAUAUCCCCACAGGCGCACCCAGACCACCCACAGUCGGCGUUCAAACCAUGCAUUAACUACAUACUCUCCUACGGCGGCGGCAUCGUCCACGGCGACCGCAUCCACAUCAACGCCCAUGCGGGCAAAGGCUGUGCAUUAAUUAUGCUCACCCAAGGAUCCACCAAAGUCUACCGCCACCGCAAACGACCACCACCCAAUACCCAAAUAGUGGCAAAUAAUAUGGCGGACGAGUCAUUCCAGACUCUAAUUCUUGAAAUCGAUUCUGGUGCCCUUGUGUGUUUGCUGCCUGACCCGGUGACUUGUUUUAGGGACGCAAGGUAUAAUCAGAGGCAGGCUGUUCGGAUGCAGCCUGGGAGCUCGUUGGUUUUGCUGGAUUGGAUGACGAGCGGCAGGAUGAGUCGAGGCGAGCGGUGGGAUUUCCAAAAAUACUUUAGCGUCAAUCUCAUCACCCACCACCCCACCUCCUCGCCCUCAGCCUUUGCUAGCGACUCUGUCGGAUCAGUCGGACUAGAAAAUGUGGACGCGUUUGCGUUCAUCCUGGUUUUGGGCCCGGCCGUCACCUGUGUCGCGGAGGUGUUUAAGGAGGAGCAUAACCGGGAAAGAGUCAGGCCCUUUAGAUCUAACGGUUCUUUUCAUACGGUGGUGGACUCUGUUAAGUGGUCGGUUUCGGAGGUCGACCAGGAGGGGGUGCUUGGGGUUGCAGUUAGAGCAUGUGGUCCGAGUACGGAGGAAUUGAAGGCCUGGAUUAAACGACGCUUGGAAUUGUUGCAAAAUAUUAUUGGUCAGUCUGCUUGGUCCAUGUACUUUAACGCAUGACGUGGGGUUUUAUUUAAAUAAAAAUAUAUGUAUCUGAAUAUAUGCACGAG